GGCGAAGAAGCUUUUCUGGGAAUGAUGAAGAUUCGACCUCCUAGAGUCGGUGACAAACGUCAUGAUAAUUGGUUUAGGUUGGUAAAUAUUAGUGGUGACAUUCGUGUUCAAAUCAAAUACCAGCAGAUCGAGGAAAAGCCACUUACCGCCGCCGAUUUUGAUCUCUUGAAGGUUCUUGGAAAGGGGAGUUUUGGAAAAGUACUUCAGGUGCGCAAAAAAGACACUGGGCGGAUCUAUGCUAUGAAAGUUCUUGUAAAAAAAGAUAUUGUUGAACGGCAAGAGGUUCAGCAUACUUUAUCCGAGCGUAAUGUGCUUAUUCAAGCAUCGCAUCCCUUUCUGGUGGGUCUUAAACAUUCAUUUCAAACCCCAGAAAAGUUAUACCUUAUCCUGGACUACAAAAAUGGUGGCGAGCUUUUUUUUUACUUGCAACGAGAAACGGCAUUUAGUGAGCAACGUGCCAAGUUUUAUGUCUGUGAGCUGAUCCUGGCUAUUCAACAUCUCCACAAGUACAACAUUGUUUAUCGCGAUCUCAAACCAGAAAACAUUUUGUUGGACUGCCAUGGCCAUAUUGCAUUGACUGAUUUUGGGCUAUGCAAAGAAAAUAUGACAUAUGAUGAGACUACACACACUUUUUGCGGAACCUCCGAAUAUCUUGCACCAGAAGUGCUUACUGGUCAAGGAUAUGGCAAGGCUGUAGAUUGGUGGUCAUUAGGAAUUCUUUUUUACGAAAUGACGACUGGGCUUCCACCAUUCUAUUCUGAAAACAUCAAUCUAAUGUACAAAAAGAUCCUUCAUAACGAACUCGUGUUUCCACCUGAAUUUCCAUCGUAUGCACAAUCAUUUUGCCGUGGAUUGAUUGAGCGCGAUCCCAAACGACGACUUGGUGCUGGACCGGAAGAUGCCGAGGAAAUUAAGCGGCAUCCUUAUCUUAUCGACAUUGAUUGGAAUCUUUUAGCAAAGCGUAGAAUACAACCGCCAUUUAAACCUCAGGUGGCAUCUGAGUUGGAUACAACCAAUUUCGAUCCUGCAUUUACCGACUCUAUACCCGUCGAUUCACUUACAGCAGAUGCUCCUAUUUCAGAGACAUUGCAGGAGAAUUUUAAAGGAUUCACAUUUACUAAUGAUAGUGCUCAUUUGGCUGGAAGCUCAAUGAGUUCUGGUAGCGCAAUGAGUACUGGAAGUUUCAUAGGCACAAAUUCAUCACAUGGUCCCAGUUCAAUUUCUAGUCGACUUCGAUCUUAG